CAUCAUGCACGCCUGUCUGUUUCUGCUAGUUUGGUCUAGUAAAAAUGGCGAGGCCCUUGUAAGAGGGAGACAUGACAUUAUUGAAGUCACGCACGCUUAUAUACGAAUUAAAAUAACCUAGCGAGUAAAAUAUAUUGUUGUCUUUACACGACAUACGCUUUUUAUCAGGAUGUUCGUAAGAUGCGUUCUGAAAUCCGCAUCUUUUGCUGUCCGGGAGAGUAGCGUGGUGUGGAGUACGAACCAGACCUGUUCGUCACUUGUGUCAAAACAUGUUGGUUCCGCAGUGCGACCUUUAUCUACAAACCUCAAUCACAGGUGGACUGCAAACGCAGAACAACUGAAAGCAGAUGGGAGGAGCUUGUCUCUCCAGCCAAUCAGGAACUAUGCCCGCCCGGGGAGAUAUAAAGCGCCUCCAAGCCAGCUGGACGACCUGCCUCCUGACAGACUGAAGAGGGAGUACGCUGCAAUCCCCCUGGCGCAGACGACGGACGAUGUGGUCAGGAGGCUUUUGUCCUUGGAGCUGGCAAGUCACAGGGAUAAGCUGAUCUUGAAGCGAGACGAGCUGGUGGCUAAAGUCAGACUCCAUGAGCUGGAUGACAGCUCGCUCGCGGUGAAGGUGGCUAUUUUGACGGCUAGGAUCCGCAACUAUCGGGAACAUCUGCAGAAGCACGCAAAGGACAAGGCGAACAAGCGGAGGAUGUUGAUGUGCGUGGAUCGCAGGAAGAAGCUUCUGAAGCGGCUGAGGAGCACGCGGUACGACGUGUUCGAGAACGUGUGCACCCAGCUGGGCAUCACCUACAGCUUCCCGCCGGAGUACUACAGACGCAUCACCCGCCGAUGGCUGGCCAAGAAGGCCUUCUGCCUCCGGGUUUUUAAGGAGGUUCAGAAACGGCGGAAAGAGCAGCGCCGCACGAUGGCGGAGGCGGCCGGCAGGGCCAAGGGAGGAGCAGCCAAGGGAGGAGCGGCCAAGGGAGGAGAGGCCGGCGGGGCUUCCACAGCCCGCGGGGCCACGGCCUAGGGCCCGAUUCCCCGCCUCUCUGGAUGGAUUAGUCACGCCUGGUCACCGGCUGGCGACGCUGCUCAAGACAUUGCCCGCGAUCCGCCCACGAGGGGCGGCCAUUGUGGCUCCUCGUCGUCCAGCCGCACGGGGAUUCUCACCUGACACACGUCUGUUGUACACGACGCUAAUAAAAGAGAAAAAAAGAAACGAGAAAAGACUGGUUUUCCUUUGGGUCUCGGCACUUAAAUCCAGCCCUGGUUUUCUUUUCCUCCAG